UAAGCUAACUAUGCUAAUGGUUGCGCCGUUGCAGCCAAGUUUUGGUUUGAGGAUGUGAUUGUAUUGAAAACUCUUAUGAUUCAUUAUAUGUGAUUGUUGUCCUCGGGAAUCGAGGAUAAGUUCACGUUAAUGUGCAUUUGCUAUGGGAUAUAUACCCUUAUUUGGACGGGUAACUUUCAUGGUGUUUAAACCCAAGAGUUGAAAAUUUUAAUACAAGACCAUUGUAGCAAUUUAAUGAGAUGUCUGUGUUCAGGGACCUUCGUGGUAACAGGGCUGCUCUUUUUGAUGGCAUUGAGGAGGGUGGAAUUAGGGCAUCAUCAUCUUACGGUUCUCAUGAAAUUGAUGAACAUGAUAACGAGAGAGAAAUGGAAGGAUUGCAAGAUAGAGUUAUUCUGCUGAAGAGAUUGUCAGGUGAUAUACAUGAGGAAGUGGAUAAUCAUAACCGCAUGCUCGACCGAAUGGGCAAUGAUAUGGAUUCAUCUAGGGGAGUGCUGUCAGGAACCAUGGAUCGUUUUAAAAUGGUUUUCGAGACCAAAUCAAGCCGGAGAAUGUUUACGCUAGUGGCAUCAUUCGUGGUCCUUUUUCUUGUCAUAUACUAUCUCACUAGGUAAACAAUCCGUGAUGAAAUUGAUACAUCUACUAUGCUUAUGUUGAAAGCUGGAAAGAGAAACCUUUUAUCUUUUCAAUUUGUGAUCAACGUUUAUCAUGUGCUUGUAAGAUAGUCUGGCUUGUCUCUGUAAAGAUAUUGCAAUGUAUCAAAUGGAGCUGAAUACAUAAAACGUGUCAAGUUUGUGCUGUCGGCCUCAAGUCAUUGUUUGCUUCUCAA